AUGAAACUUGUCUACUCUAAUCAUCAAUCAAUAAUCGGGAUCAUCAAUCAUGAUACAGAUGAACCAUUUCUACAAAUAGAUCAUUAUUAUUAUAUAGAAUCAAUAAGAUUCAAUCAAUCAUCUCCAGUGAUAUUUGAUUCUAUGAAGAAAUCGAUUAUUCUAUCUAGACCAUGGACAUUUAUGCCUUUAUUUCCAAUAAUAUAUUAUGGUGAAGCAUUUCGAUUGGUUACAAUAUUUUCACAAGAUGAAUUCUCUGCAAUUAAAUGGCUUCGUUUGAAUACUCAAUAUUCCAAUGAAUAUCAAUUGAAAGAUUAUGGUAUUCUAUUCAAUGUCAAAAUUUCUUAUUCAUUAUGGUUAUAUUUCAUUGAAAUACCCAAUGAGAUUGAAACAAAUUCAUCUGUUAAAUUGAUCUAUGAACCACCUAAUGAAGGUUGUAUGGAAUACAAAUUUUGUGAAGACUGUACUAAAAAUUAUACAUUUGGAAGGAAGUGCCACUGGUGUCCGCAAUUCAACACGUGCAGACACCUUCGUGAUAUCGAUAUUCAAACCUUGCUUGGAAAAGAUUGUGCUGUGCAACAAAUAGGGCUUUGUUCAACUUCAACUAAGAUAUCGACCGAACAUAUUACAACAGAAGAAUCAACUGUUAAACAUAAUACAGAAUCCACAAACCUCAUAACAUUAACUUCGGAUAGGAAUACAAUGGAAUCAAUCACUACUGAAGAUAUAUCACCUACACAACUAUUAAUUAAUACUGAUGAGUUCGACAAAAUUAGUGAAUCUUCCAUAAACGAUCAUCAAACCACUCUCCCACAGAUCACUUUAUAUCAUUCAUCUAGCAGACCAAUUCAAACUACUACUACUACUACUACUAACAUGAUCACAAAAGUUAAUGAAGACAAUCCAAUCACAUCUAAACAGCUUCUACUCUCUCGUGAUAUAUUACAAAUAUAUUCAAUCACAUUUAUUAAUGAAGUCAGUCGUCGUUUAUACAUUCGUCUUCUAAUGCCAUUCAUAAUUGUAAUCAUUGUUUCAAGCAUUCUAUUUUUAGUUUGGCUAUUUAGAAUACACCAUCGAAAUGAUAUAAAAAAACCAAUCUUUAUAUCAUACAAUUGA